UGGGACAAUGACCAAAAUUAAGAAGCGUGGUCAGUCCGUGGUCAUUCCUCCCUCAGUGGACAACAGUGGCUUUUACAUCACAGCAAGCAAACCUGUCCUUGUAGUUGCCUAUGUGGAAGCUGAGAAUGUGUCUUCUCUUGGAAUGAUUGUUCUGCCACCUGUACAGCAGGGAGGAAGCAAUUUCUUUUUCACAAGCGAAUCACCAACCAUGAUAACCAUAGCAGUUGAUGCCUGCCACUUGGACAAUGUUCUUGUGAACAACUUUCCCCCAGUAGGUGGUGCUGUAGUACAGCCGUACCCAUCAGUCCAAAUGACAGACAUAACUACCCUCAGUUUUAAAUUGCCUGCAGGAGUCCAUUCUUUGUCACUUUCAAAUGGUAAAGCCUUUGUGGCCAUUGGCCAGUCUCUUGAUAGUGCUGCAAUCUUCAGUCUGGGAGCUUACUCAAAUUUUAUUAAUAAGGUGUCAAGAAGACGAUUCUACCAGCCAAAGGCAAUUGGAAAAGGUUUUGCACUGAGUGACCCCAGCAAAGUUCAUAAAUCAGUGACAGUGAGGCACAUAUUGGCCUGCUUAGACAGCUGUAUGCAGGACACCAUAUGUCACAGUGUGGUGUUUGCAGUGACUGGGACACAGAGUGGCACUUGUGAACUAACAGCAUAUCACACAGCUGACCUCCUGGUGGAUGACUACAUCAGCACAGGAGAACAUGAAAUAUACUCUAUUAAACUGUAGAGACACUGU